UGCGCGCGGCGCGGGAGGUUCGGAGCCAGUGGCUGGCGGGCCAUGGAGGACUACGAGCGGGAGCUGUAUGGUGUCGAGGAUGAUGACUUCGACAGCCAGUUCGCAGCUGAGCUGGAGGUGCUGGCGGAGCUGGAAGGAACAGCCGCCCUGACACCUUCCAGGAGCCUCCGGCCUGCCCCCACCAUGGGCCGGCCCCGCCUGACGUUCGAGGAGGCCAUUGCUGGAGGGGACGCUGCCACUCACUGUUCUCCAGGCAGACCUCCAAGGAGCGGCAGUGGAGGUGCCAAGAAGAGGCAGCUGACGACUGACGUUCAGGGGGCCAUAUCCCUGCCUCCUACCCCUAGGAUCAAACGGUCCAGGCUGGAGGCCGCCAGGAGGCUGAACUUCAGGCCCGACGAAAUGGAAGAUCUGCUGCCUCCUGAUUCCCCCAUUCGGGACAUCACUCCGCCACCGAGUCCUGAGGUCCCCGCUGAGCUGUGGGGCAGCGGACCCUCGGACACCGGGGCUGAGGGGGGCUGCAUCGGAGCCUCACCAGCCUCCCGUAAUCCUGUCCUGAGGCGGCCCCCUGUCUUGGAGGACUACAUCAACGUCACCUCCACGGGCGGCGACCGUGCUUUUCUGGUGCUGAGGGAUGACCCAGUGGGCACUGUGGUGCAGAGCCCUUUCCUUGACAUCUGGUGGUGUGGCCAUGGCCGUGGCCCGCUGGACCUGCUGGGCGUGUCCUUCGCCUCCCUGAAGGAGAAAGUCGACAGCGAGCGGCGGCAGCGCCUGUUGGAGGAGGCCCAGCAGCUCUCCGACACUCUGUGCAGGGCAGAGGAGGUGGAGGAGGAGGCCCAGCCCACAGGGGCCCCUGCGGAGGAGCCGGCCCCCUGCCAGGACACCUCUGAGCAUUGCCUCUGGGUGGAUGAGUUCGCGCCCCAGCGCUACACGGAGCUGCUCAGUGACGACUUCACUAACCGCUGCCUCCUCAAGUGGCUGAAGCUUUGGGACCCAGUGGUGUUCGGCCGAGACAGGCCUACCCGGAAGCCCAGGCCCAGUGCGGAACCCGCCCGUGGUGGCAAGGAGGGCACAGCCUCCAGCAAGUGGAAGAGCCACGAGCAGGUGCUGGAGGAGAUGCUGGAGGCUGAGCCGGACCCCAGCGGUCGACCACGGCAGAAGGUGGCGCUGCUGUGUGGGCCCCCGGGGCUGGGCAAGACCACCCUGGCCCAUGUGAUCGCGCGGCACGCUGGGUACUAUGUGGUGGAGAUGAAUGCCAGUGACGACCGCAGCCCUGAGGCCUUCCGCACGCGCAUCGAGGCGGCCACGCAGAUGGAGUCGGUGCUGGGCUCCGGCGGGAGGCCCAACUGCCUGGUCAUCGACGAGAUCGACGGGGCCCCCACGGCUGCCAUCAACGUCCUCCUGAGCAUCUUGGACCGCAAGGGCCCGCAGGAGGCAGAGCCGGGGGCCCCGGCCAUGGCCGGGGGCGGGGGGCGGCGGCGCCGGGCCGAGGGGGGGCUCCUGAUGAGGCCCAUCAUCUGCAUCUGCAAUGACCAGUUUGCACCUUCGCUCAGGCAGCUGAAGCCGCAGGCUCUCCUGCUCCACUUCCCGCCCACGCUGCCCUCCAGGCUCAUCCAGCGGCUCCUGGAGAUCUCCCAGCGGCAAGGCAUGCAGGCCGACCCAGGCGCCCUGGUGGCCCUCUGCGAGAAGACGGACAAUGACAUCCGCGCCUGCAUCAACGCCCUGCAGUUCCUGCAUGGGCGGGGCCGGCGGAAGCUGAGCGUCCAGGCUGUGCAGACCACACGCAUUGGCCUCAAGGACCAGCGCAAGGGGCUCUUCUCCGUGUGGCAGGAGGUCUUCCAGCUGCCCCGGGCUCAGAGGCGCCGUGUGUGUCAGGACCUGACCGUGCCCACCCCCACGCUCCUGCUCAGCGACGGGCACAUGGGCUCGGGAGCCCUCACUGCCGAGGCGCCCCUGACCAUGGCCUCACAGCGGUUCUAUCACAUUCUGCACGCGGCGGCCUCUGCAGGCGAGCACGAGAAGGUGGUCCAGGGUCUGUUUGACAACUUUCUGCGGCUGAGGUUGCGGGACUCCAGCCUGGGCACCGUGUGCGUGGCCCUUGACUGGCUGGCCUUCGAUGACCUGCUGGGCCGGGCCGCCCACCACGGCCAGAACUUCCAGCUGCUCCGCUACCUGCCCUUCCUGCCCCCGGCCUUCCACCUGCUCUUCGCCACCAGCCAUGUGCCAAGGAUCGCCUUUCCCAGCAGCCAGCAGGAGGCCCAGAACCGAAUAAGCCGGACCCAGAACCUGAUCGGGACGCUGGUGUCUGGCAUCACGCCAGCCACCCGAAGCCGGGCUGCCCCGCAGGCCCUCGUCCUGGACACCCUUUGUCUGCUCCUGGACAUCCUCGCGCCCAAGCUGCGCCCCGUGAGCACGCAGCUGUACAGCACCCGGGAGAAGCAGCAGCUGGCCAGCCUCGUGGGCACCAUGCUUGCCUACAGCCUGACCUACCGCCAGGAGCGCACGCCCGACGGGCAGUACGUCUACAGGCUGGAGCCGAACGUGGAGGAGGUCUGCCGCUUUCCUGAGCUGCCUGCCCGCAAGCCCCUCACCUACCAGGCCAAGCAGCUCAUCGCCCGCGAGAUUGAAGUGGAGAAGAUGCGGCGGGUGGAGGCCUUGGCCCGGGCCAGGGACGGCCCCCAGGUGGACAGGGGUCCCCUGGGGGGCACUGGAGGGACAGGGGUGCAACCACCAGCCCCCUGCAGCCACAAGCAGCGGCUGGAGUGCGUCCUGAAGGAAGCCACGCUGGAGGAGCAGCCGGAGCGGGACUUCUUCGGCCGUGUGGUCGUCAGGAGAGCAGCAGCCGUGAGCUCAGAGGACACAGCCCCUGAGCCUGACUCGGCCGAGCGGCGCAUGGGCACCGCCGUGGGCAGGAGCGACGUCUGGUUCCGCUUCAAGGAGGGCGUCUCUAACGCUGUGCGGCGCGGCGUGUAUAUCAGGGACCUGCUCUAGCUGGGGCCGCCCUGAGCAGGGGUCUGCUGGGCACCCUGGGCUGCGCUGGCCUCUCCGACCCCCACCGGACACCCAGGAUCCAUGCCGGCCACCCCGAUCCACGCCAGACGUCCCCAUGCCCACACCGGACGCUUGGUGUGCCCUCUGCUAGAAAGUGGACACGAGCACGUUCUUCCUCGGAAAGUCUUUAUAAAAGUCCGACCCUC